UUUACAUCUAAAGUUCAAACCGUGAACAUAUAUAAUUUUCUUUAGYGAGUUUUCAAUACCUCAACAGUUUAUUCUCUGAAUAAAGAGCUAUUUACUAAAUAAUCAAGUAAAUUAAGAUUCCAAUCGAUUUUUUUUUUAUCAUGGACCAUUGGCCAAAAGAUGUCGGAAUUCGCGCUAUUCAUUUCGUCAUACCGUCUUUGUAYGUCGAUCAAACCGAUUUGGAAAAAUACGACCAAGUGUCUGAAGGAAAAUACACCGUUGGUUUGGGCCAAAAGCAGAUGGGAUUUUGCACAGACCUCGAAGACGUKAACUCGCUGUGCCUGACGGCAGUCAGUCAGCUUGUAGAAMACAACGGCAUUAGCUAUUCAGACAUAGGUCGCCUAGAGGUGGGCACCGAGACCAUAAUCGACAAGUCUAAAAGCGUGAAAACGGUUUUAAUGAAGCUGUUCGAGCCCAGUGGAAAUUUCCAGGUCGAGGGUAUCGACACGACGAACGCCUGCUACGGGGGAACGGCGGCCUUGUUCAACGCCCUUUCGUGGAUGGAGUCGAGCGCGUGGGACGGCAGGCUAGCCGUGGUGAUCGCGGCCGACAUCGCUAUCUACGCCAAAGGCAACGCUCGACCGACGGGCGGCGCCGGUGCUGUCGCGAUGUUAAUUGGACCGAACGCUUCGUUGGUKAUCGAGAGAGGCCUCCGAGGAACGUACAUGAACCACGCUUACGAUUUCUUCAAGCCCGACCUGACGUCCGAGUACCCGGUGGUCGACGGUAAACUGUCCAUCGAAUGUUACCUGAACGCUCUGGACCAGUGCUACAAGUCCUAUCUGAGCAAGUGCGAUGGCGGCGGCGCUAACGUCGAUCUAAAUGGAUUUGAUUCGUUCGUGUUCCACUCGCCGUAUUGCAAACUGGUGCAGAAGUCUCUGGCCCGAUUGUACCUGAAUGAUUUCUUGAACAGCGGCGCGAAGGACGAGCAUUACCCGGGCUUGGGGGAGUACAAGGACGUGCACCUGCCGGCCACGUUUUUCGACCGGGACAUCGAGAAGACGUUCAUGGAGCGCAGCAAGACCGUGUACGAGGACAAGACCAAACCGUCGCUGUUGCUGGCGUCUCGUGUCGGCAACAUGUAUACUGCGUCUGUAUACAGCGGGUUGGUCUCGUAUCUGAUUUCGUUGCCACCAGAAAACCUACCCGGUAAGAAAAUUGGCGUGUUCUCUUACGGUUCUGGUUUGGCGUCGUCCAUGUACUCGAUCAGGGUCGUCGACAACGAUUUGUCGAGUCUGAUCGGCAACCUGAAGAAGGGCAUCGACCGCCUGGAGGAACGGAUACGCCUCACGCCCGAACAGUUCACGGAAGUGCUGGAAGUCCGUCAAAAGUCUUUGCACCAAGCACCCUACACGCCGGUCAGCAACAAGGACCAGCUGUUCCCUGGCACGUGGUACUUGGCCCGUAUCGACGAAAUGCACAGACGAUAUUACGAAAGGAAAGAAUAGAGCGUCAUCUCUGCGUUGUCGUAGUAAUACGUCUACAUUACGUAUAUAUAAUAUAAUACGUAUUUAUAUUCCCUCGGUGAAAAUGAAUUAUUUAUCGGUGGCCGAUAAAUAUUUAAAUCGUGGCAUUCCUUGUACAUCAAGCGAAUAAUGAUUAGUGUUGGUAGUUUUUAAAAUGCAUAUAGUUAAUUUUAAUUUUUAAGUGAAAAUCUUUGUACUCAUUUAGAUAUAGUAUUUGCUUAUAUUUUUUUUACAUAAUAUGCAUGUAUAUAUUAUAUAUAAAGAAGUUAUGUAUU